GGCACGGCACGGCCGGACAUGGGGCACGGUGAGGCUGAUUCGCCGCCGGCCGCGGAGAAGAAAGGGGCGGAGGAGGAGGAGGAUGAUUUCGGCUACAGACUUUUCCCAGACCGGAAUAAGAAGCCACAGAGUUUCCUGUUCCGCAGCCUCUUCACCUUCCACAACAAGUGCCAGCUGAUGCUGAGGCUGACCCUGGAAACGAAUCCAUAUGCUCGACUUCUCCUUGAGGCUUUGAAGCAAUCUGGUUGCACUGUCUUCAAUGACCGACACUUUUCUUGUGAAAACUGUGAUGGCUGUGUUAGUGGAGGUUUUGAUGCGGCCACAUCACAGAUUGUUCUGUGUCAGAACAACAUUCGCCAACAAUCCCAUAUGAACCGGGUGGUCACACAUGAAUUGAUUCAUGCAUUUGAUCACUGCCGUGCACAUGUUGACUGGUUUAAAAAUGUCAAACACUUGGCAUGUUCAGAGAUUCGAGCUGCUAAUCUCAGUGGAGACUGUACACUGAUGAAUGAAAUAGCCAGGUUUAAGUUUGGAUUGAAAGGACACCAUCAGACUUGUGUGCGAGACAGAGCAAUCCGUUCCAUUCUGGCUGUUAGAAAAGUUAGCAAAGAAACAGCAGAAAAAGCUGUGGAUGAAGUUUUUGAUGCCUGCUUCAAUGAUCUGGAACCUUUUGGAAGAAUCCCACACAGCAAAGCAGAUGCAAAACGUGCUUACAGAGACUUUCAGAACAGAGAUCGCUAUACUGCUAAUUUGUAAGGUGGGGGGGAAAGCCACAUGAGAAAUUACAUUAAUACCUGAUUGUUCGGUGACACCUGGAGUUAUAGUCUAUGCCCACAGUACUGAUGGAAAGGGCAAAGCUAUCAAACUUACUGAUUAAUUUUUUAUUUUUCAUGAGCCAACUUCCAUGGAAGUAAAUGGAGUAAAUGAACAAGACUAAAAACUGUUUCCUAACCUGUUGUUCCAGAAGGAUAAUUUACUAUGUCAAAUGACUUGUCAAAUACAGUUCAAUGUGCUUUUAAUUUUUUCACUCUGACUGACUCGGACUUGGUUUCUGAAAAUUUUGUUGUUACUGAAUAAAUCUUUUCAUAUAAUCUUUACACUUUCCCUAUCUUAGAUACACAGUCAUGAACUUGGUAAUCUUCAUCACUCUAUUUUAAAAGAUGAGCACCUGAACUACAGCUCUAUGUAUUGGAUUUAAUAACUAUGGAUAAACCCAAAAUUUAAUAACUAAAUUUAAUAAUUUUCUUUUGAGCACCUCCUGAAAUUCUUGGGUGGUCUAACAUUUCCAGUGGUAGGAAGGCUUUUGUGACUUGAGUCCUUUAUGCCCUGAAUUGCUGCUCAUGUCCUGAUUGUCUCUGGUAGUGGAGGACUGGUUAUGAUGAUCAGUGUUGCCUUCUCCUGUUCUGUGUCCCAAUAUGUUUUGUGACAACAGGACAGUCAAUGUAUGAAGGUUUUUCAGGCAUUGCAUAGCUGAGAUUUGGCUGUGGUGGGGCAGCAGACUCGGUUGAGACUGGAGCUGGAGUGGGGCCCUGAACUGCUCAGGUAGGGAAAUGUCCGCACAUGCACCAAUUUCAAGUGCCUGUCAUGCUACAGCUGAAAGGGGGAGGUACUCCCAAGUAUCUCCAGAAUUUGGCAGCCUUUGGCAGGGCCCUUGUGUGACUGCAGACUUGGGCUCCCGCCAUUCACCUAUUUAUUUCAUGUGCCUACAACGUUUUGGAUCUGACCAUCACGCUGUAAUUUCCUCCUGGGAGGUAUUUGGUCAUGUGAUUAGUCUCCAUACCAGUGGUCCUGCUUCUAAGGUGUCACUUCUAAGGUGUCACUCAGGAACAAGGUGCCUGAAGAUGACAACAGUGUGUUGCCUUUUCCUGAUCAGCAGCAAACACUAUGAGAAGAUUCAAACCUAAGCACUGUCCUCACAAAGGACAACCCAGAGCACACACAAAGUUCCUGAUUGCUCAUCAAGCCUGAGUUGCCUGAGUUUGUGUUGGAGUGUCUCUGAGUUGUAUUUAUUUCCUGGUGUAGCAUAAUUCAUACCUACAGGAACCAUUACUUCUAGGGGGCUAAGCAUUAAUGUAGAUCCCUCAUAAAGUCAUCCCAGUUGUACUGGAGGAAGUAAGGUCUUGAGUAUGAUUUUUCAAACCCGUGCUUUCAGUAGUUUUACAAAAUUGCGAAUGGAGAUUUCGUAAUCUUAUUUUCCUGGCGUAAUUCAUCAGUGACUGACAUAAUCUCAUAGCUGAAUAUCUGAAGACAAAAAAAUGGGUACAAUCACCCAGAUACCUGUGGAGAAAAUUACACAUUGAAUUGUAGGCUUCCCAUAUUCCAUGUAGUCUAUACACCUGCAGUUUCCAAAAUCCCCUGAGCCUCAGAGAUGCCUUGAAAUCAGCAUAACAGCAUGUGUUAAUAUUCCCUUAACCUUUACUGCUCUUCAAGUCACCAUUUUAGUCAGUAUGAUGUAUGAUGCUGGGUUUUUUAUACUUCUGACAUACAUUCUGGUGGAUAAUCCCUUCAUUAUACCUAAUUAACCAAAGCCUGCUUUAAUGAAUGUGUGUGUUUGCAUUUAUAUUGUAUUUUGGCCAAUACCUAGUUUGAAUAUAUCCAUUUGUCUUCUAUCUGGGAUAAGCUUUAUCAAGUCUACUUAGAAAUGAAAAAUACAGCAAUAAAAACUAGAAAAUGCAA